UCUGAGACAGUAAAACAACACUCCUCCUCUUCUUCCUCCUACUUCUUCUUCUUCUUUUUUAUUCUUCUUCUUCUGUCCUCCUGCAUCUGUCCACCGUGGUUUCACCUGGAAAACCUGCCUCCUCUUCCUCCUCGCCUUACUCUUCACCUUCAUCAUCAUCAUCAGCAGCCGCACCAGCAGCUGUGGACAACCAUACAUGGACAUGGAGAAAGGAGCGCCUGACGUCUCUUCUACACUCAGAAACAAAGCUGGUGUCUCUCUUUCCCCACCACUAAUGCCCCGGCAACUUCAAUAAGAGGGAGAGACUAAAACACAGAGACAGAUAAAGGGGAAAACAGCAAGCAAAAGCAGAAAGAGAACAAGAGGAAGCGUGAGGCUGCACAACCAUAAUCUCCACAGCUGAGAAACACUUAGAGGGAGGGAGGCAACACAGGCGAUUCUGUCUAUCUUGCAACUUCAGGGACCAUCAUCACAAUUUAAUAAGAAUUUGAAAGGCUGCGGUGCUGCAACAAAUCAGUCUUCACAGGGAAAGAGGGUGGGUGAGAGAGCUAGAGUCGGACAGAGAGAGAGCGAGAGAAAGGGAGGAGGCCAGACACAAAUGUUUUAACGCUUCCCUACCUGGAUUCAUAUCUUUCUGCCUUUUGUUGUAAAUCCCUGCAGCAAUAAACCUGUGACGGCAAUAUCAAAGAACCACUUUAUUAUUAUUUUACACAUAAUCUAUUGUGCUAAGACUGCUGAGAUUUCAAGAAAUUAUGUUUUCCUAUCAAGAGAGUUCAUAUUUUCAAGAAGAGCAUACUGUUUAGAACAACGGGACUGAGAGGAACUUGUAGAGAAACAGAGAAAUAUUUUUAAAAAAGCAGCAUUUACCCUGAGAAGUGUCUCGCAGGCUAGACGGAGAGGAAGAGAAGGGACGGCGUCACCAGAAGACCAUCCAAAUUGCAACAAAAUAAAAAGACAGGCCUCACGUUUGUCCAUCGAUCUGCUUUCCUGCCCCUUUACAGCUUUUUUUCAUGGCUUGACACCCAACUGCACUCUGGCCCCUCCCUUCCCCUUUCCUUCCCCCCCAACAUGUCCAACCACCUCGUAUCUCACUGCCCAGACCGCCAAAGGAAAUCGGGGCAGCUGAAGAAGUGAGCAAGGCUUUAACCGAGCCAAUAUACAGAGUUUCAUUAGCUCCAUCCGCUCUUCCCUCCUUCGACGAGGACAGAACUCUCAGACUCUACAGGUGGGGCGCUCUGAUACAACAUGGCAGCCGGCGUGGCGACAUGGCUGCCAUUUGCACGGGCGGCGGCAGUGGGUUGGCUGCCGCUGGCCAAAAAGACGAUGCCCAAACCUCCAGUGGACAACUCGUCCAGAUCGGAUGAGAUUCUGUAUCUCAACGUCAGCGGGGUCAGGUUCCAGACAUGGAAGAACACUCUGGAUCGUUAUCCUGACACACUGCUGGGCUCCUCUGAGAAAGAGUUUUUCUUCAACGAGGACACAGAGGAAUAUUUCUUUGACAGAGACCACGAGAUGUUCCGACACAUUCUGAACUUUUACCGCACAGGGAAGCUCCAUUACCCGCGACACGAGUGCAUCCAGGCCUUUGACGAGGAGCUGGCCUUCUACGGCAUCGUGCCGGAGAUCAUUGGAGACUGCUGCAUGGAGGAAUACAGAGACAGGAAAAAAGAGAACCAGGAGCGUCUGGCAGAGGACACAGAGGCCAACGAGUCGAUGGACGCCCCACUUCCUCCUGACAGCACCCCCAGGGAGCGUCUGUGGCGAGCCUUUGAGAACCCCCACACCUCCACCAUGGCACUCGUCUUUUACUAUGUCACCGGCUUCUUCAUUGCUGUGUCAGUAAUCGCCAACGUGGUGGAGACGGUGCCCUGCCGGCCUCCAGAGGGCAGAAUUAAGGACCUUCCCUGUGGGGAGAAAUAUCAGCUGGCCUUCUUCUGCAUGGACACGGCCUGCGUGCUCAUCUUCACCUUCGAGUACUUGAUGCGCCUGUUCGCCGCGCCCAGCCGCUGCAAGUUCAUGCGCUCCGUGAUGUCUGUGAUUGACGUAGUGGCUAUAAUGCCAUACUACAUUGGCCUGGUGAUGCCCGAGAACGAGGACGUGAGCGGCGCCUUCGUCACCCUCCGGGUUUUCCGCGUCUUCCGGAUCUUCAAGUUCUCACGUCACUCACAGGGUUUGAGGAUUUUGGGCUACACGCUCAAGAGCUGCGCCUCCGAGCUCGGCUUCCUGCUCUUCUCCCUCACCAUGGCCAUCAUCAUCUUCGCCACCGUCAUGUUCUACGCCGAGAAGGGCACCAAAGGCUCCACCUUCACUUCCAUCCCGGCCUCCUUCUGGUACACCAUCGUCACCAUGACGACCCUGGGAUAUGGAGACAUGGUUCCAAACACCAUCGCGGGGAAGAUCUUUGGAUCAAUCUGCUCUCUGAGCGGCGUCCUGGUGAUCGCCCUGCCUGUACCUGUCAUCGUGUCCAACUUCAGCCGGAUCUACCACCAGAACCAGAGAGCGGACAAGAGGAGAGCACAGCAGAAAGUGCGCUUGGCUCGGAUCCGCAUGGCAAAGAAAGGAACAACCAACGCCUUCCUUCAGUACAAAGAAGACCGAGCGCUCGGGGGUCGUGACAGCGAUAGCACAGCUCUGUGUGUGAAGAACAGAUCGGCUUUCGAGCACCAACACCACCACCUGCUGCACUGUCUGGAGAAGACAACGAACCAUGAGUUCACAGAUGAGAUGACCUACAGCGAGCUCUGUAUGACCGAGUCAGUGGGCUUCAGGACCAGUCGCAGCACUUCUCUAUCCAGCCAGCAGGGGGCACAGAACAACCCCACUGGCUGCUGCCCCCGCAGGGCCAGGAGGCGAGCUGCCAUGCGUCUGGCUAACUCCACUGCAUCAGUCAGCCGGGGGAGCGUCCAGGAACUGGACACCCUGCAUAUCAAAACAACCUCCAUACCACCACAAACUCGUUCCAGUCUGAACGCCCAGGCUGACAACUUAAAGCUGAACUGCGGGGAACAAGAUUUCACGGCUGCAAUCAUCAGCAUUCCCACGCCGCCUGCCAACACACCAGACGAGAGCCUCCCCCCAUCGCCUGCCCCCAUCCCUGGCAUCCUGCGCAACACCCGAGCAACAGCUUUUACCCACGAAACCGUCAAAAUCUCCUCCUUAUAACCUCCAGCUCCACACAUGACAUCCCCCCUGACACCCCUCCGCCCCACCAGCCACUUUCCCAGUGAACUUCCUUUGAACCCCUGAUCCUGGAUCUGGGGCGCUGCUAGCUGAAAUAUUGGGAAGAAAUACUCAGAUUGAUUCCUGACUGAUUGCUUUAACUUCCACAUACAUUUUGCUGGUUACAUGGAUUAAACAGUCGUAUAGCUAAAACGGCAGAUCAGAUGGGAAGCAAAAUGAAUAGCCACAUCCAACGAGAACUGAAAAAUAAGAACCUCAAAAAAAAAAGCUCAAAUCAAAAGCUACAACUUCAUGAAUGAAGCAAAAGACCUUCUUAAACCUUUAGUAUCCACCCUCAUGCAUUUUGUCUCCUUGCACACAUUUGACCCCCCUUGCACAGUUUUGACCUUUUAGAUCUCAUUGCACA